AUGAAUGUGACCAAAAAUGUCAAAUUUGAGAAGGAAGCAAAUGAGGAUAAAGCUUCUACAAGCCAGGCGAUGGCUACAGAAGACCCUCAAGACAUAACAAAAAUAGCUCUAACUUUAGCCAAGGAUGCCAUCACUGCUGCUGUCAAAUCUGCAGAAGAAGCUGAAAACCCUGUCAAAAAUAUCGACUGGAUCACCCAUGGUGAAUUCACAGAAGAAAAGGGCCGUCAACAAGUUGAGGAGUUUGUUUUGAACUGGGAGUAUCAAGACCGCUGGAAGCACUACACAGAGUUUUUAAGGAAGGAAGAUGUGUUUCACAGCUUCUACUACAUCUACUGUGUACGGUGGAGCAUCCCAACUGCUCGGAGACCCAUAGCCCAAAUCACUGCCAGUGUGUACUUCACCAUCAAGGUCAACAAAAACAAACCUCUGGACACACCCAUUGAUGUCUCUUAUGUCUUUGAGGGUCAUUCAUUAGUUCACAGACCAGGAGUGAUUCGCUUUCGAGAAAAAUGGCUAAGGGACAUUAUUGAGGCCAAAUAUGUUUUAAUGAAUCCAAAUAUCUUCCAAUUCAACAGUAUGGGAAUCUUCCAGAAUAUUUUAGGAGAUUUCUAA